AUGCCGCUGACUGAAAAUUUGAAGAUUCUGCAACGUAUUUGCAGCUUGAAAGGUGAUGUGAUGAUGUCGAUAUUCAAGAUUGCGGCUAUCAUAAGUCCGAGCGGACAACGCCAAUUCAUUGUCCGAGACCGAUUAGCUGCACAACAUGAAGAUAUCGGUAUGGCCAGAAUGGUGUAUUUCCAAUGCUUAGCGAAUCACAAGUCUGAAGUCAGAAUGAUGAAGGACCCAAUUCAUGCGCCAAAGACAUUGAACAAGAUCAUGCGAGCUAGAAGGCCUCGCGAACGAAGCAUUGAGCUUAUUUCAAUGUUGCCUCUGAAGCAGAGCGCUUCAGUCUACUUUACUCAAGCGACUUAUACACAGUACCUCAAAUUGACUCGAUUGAAUCAACACAAAUAUUGUACAGCACCCGAGAACAAAGCUACGAAACGAAACAUCUCAGCUUUUGAGGCCAGACGUUCCCUGCAACUAUCCACAUCUCCUUCGCAUCCUCCGAAGAACACAGCCACGCCGACACCGAAAAGACGGCGUCAAAGUGCCCCGGAUGACCACCGCGAACGGCCGAAGAGUCACCCAAGACCACACAUCUCCGCUUCAUUCGCGCCCGAAGGCCAUCUCAAGAGGCGAACAUCCCCGGACUCACCGAUGUCCACGUGCCGUUCGCCGUACGAUUGCAAACAAAAUCCGAUUCAGUUGCCUGGCGGGUCGACCCCCGAAGCUCUCCCAGACAUCGUCCAACCCACCCCGACCAGUCAACUUCCUCAUAGCGUGCCGAGAAGCCUUGGAUUUCUCUCGGCACGAAUAUCCGUGCCGUUGCCCCAAAGGUCGGCUCCGGAUGACCAUAACAUAUUACCAACUGUUGUUCCCCCCCUGCUGAUCAUGGAAUUAUGGACAUUCUGGCGCUGCGUGUCUCUGUUUUUCUACUCGUCAAUUCUUGCCAUUUUUGAGACCUGA